AUGCAAAUCAUCUGGACUGCUCUUCUCCUCGCGAGCUCUGCGCUUGCCUUGCCCGCAAACCCCAAUGGCAAGGGGGACAACUGCUGUACAAAAAAGUCCUCCCAUACGAAGAAGUUGACCGUGAAAGACUUCGACUUCCAUGCCUCAUACAUCUUCUCCACUCCAGCCCACCAGAACUCAUGGGGAUACGUCAACUUUGGACUGUAUAACCCCAACACCGACUACCAGCCCAGCUGCAACGCAUCAUCCAACCAACUGUCGGACUUCUUCUACGGCAACGUCAACUACAAAUGCACAGACCCGUCCGGUUACGAGACCACCUUUAGUUUCUCCCGUCCAAACAACGACCUCCGCGUAAACCAGACCUGGGCCUGUAAAGACGAAGGCUCCCACUUUACCGCACACGCCGGCGCUUUGCUCAAGCUCGACUGCAAGGAGACCAAAUGGCAGAACCCCGACUGGAAGCCAGGCCAGUUCUACUCGACUCGGGAUAUCACCUGCACGCAUGUUGAUCGGAAAAUCCCCAUCACGGAUCUGGAGGCAGUAGCGUAA